AUGGCCGCUGCAGAAACCGAUGUCACAGCUGACAUGCUGCCUGUGGCAAGGCAGCGGCAGGCAUAUGAAGUGGACAUGCUGGUAGACAGGCAAGCCCAAACCUACUUGGUGGGAGACGCUAUUCACUCGGAAGUGAAGGGGCCACUUUGUUCAUUCCUGUUCCGACUCAAAGUGUUCCCCAACGGCACGCGCGAGGCGAUGGCAAAUAGCCUGAGCGCGUUUGUUGAGCUGCUGCCCCCGCCGCACCUUGCUGAGACCACUUGGACGUGUCAGGAUGUGAGCUUCUGCAUCACAGUAGAGUACACCGUGGGAGGAGUCAAAAGAGUUGGGCAAAAGACAGAACGCUUCAGUUUCAAGACAGAUGCACGCGACCGAGGGUGGCACGACCUGGUCAAAUCCUCCGACCUGGGCCCUAGCUGGCAGAGUAUGAAGCUCUGCGUCCGUGGCAAGGUACAUCUUCCGCAAUUCAACACAGCCGUGCAUCUGGAGCCGCUGGACUUUGCAUCAGAACCUGUCAUCAUCACUCUCCGUGUUGCUGACGGGUCAGCACUGUUUGCUGACAGCCGUAUCCUGACAACGCGCUCCGAGUACUUUGCUCGCAUGUUCGCAGGCACGUCAUGGCAAGAAGGGGCGACCAAGGAGGUCGACCUGAGUAGCGACCCGCAUGCAGACCGUUCCUCCGUUGCUGCAGUGCUCCACUACCUGAUGACGGGCCAGGUCGCUGACUGCCAGGAUGCUAAGCAGAUGCUCUCACUUCGGAGGCUUGGAGACAAGUUUUGUUUGCAAAGGCUUGUGUGCAUGGUGGAGCAGAAGCUGCAGGCGCUACUCUCGCCGGAAAGUGUGCUCACAAUUUUAGAGCAUGUGGUUGGCAGCGGUGGUAGCUUGGAGGCGAAGUGCAUGGGCGUCUUGGCAGCAGAUUCCUUUGCAGUUCUCGAGCAGGAGAAGAGCUGGCUGGAUCGAGUCAUUCGAAGCAACCCAGAGGCCGCUAAGGCAGUGAUGCAAAUCCUGCUGAGGGCAGCCAGAGAACCAAGACCUGUGCUCUCUGAGCCUGCAAGUUUAGGGUGA